AAGCAAUAACAGCAGCUACUCAAACACAAACAAGCAUAACAAGAAGGUCUAAAGAAGGUGGUCUGCUCUGCUCUGUUCUCUCUGCACUGCUCUUUUUCUAAAGCUCUAGAAGUCAUCUGCCAAGGCUCUCUUCUCAAUCUCACUCUUCUCUCUUUCCAUUUAAGCCACUCUAAUAGCGGCCAAGUUCUCUUAGACCUGUGGAACAUCUUGUGGGUGUGGGUGUAAGUGCAGAAGAAAGGAGGAGGAGGAGGAGGAGGAGAAGAGAGAGAAGUGAAGUGGUCUUUACAACUACCAAAGGUUCUAAAUUUGGUGGUGGUGGUGGUGGUGGGUGAAGAGAGGGAUAGAAAACAGAGAAGAAAAGAAGAAGAAGUGCAGGUUUGGUCCUCUGGAGCACAAGAGUUUCUUACAAGGGGGGGAUAGGGGGUGGUGUUUAGCUAAGUAAUGCGUGCAGGAGCCUGUACAGUCCAGCAGACCCUCACAUCGGAGGCUGCUUCGGUGCUAAGGCACUCCCUUGGCUUAGCCAAGAGGAGGGGCCAUGCCCAGGUCACUCCACUUCAUGUGGCUGCCACCUUACUUAGUCCAAGGUGCAGUCUCUUAAGGAGGGCUUGUCUCAAGUCUCAUCCACAUUCAACUUCUCAUCCACUUCAAUGCAGAGCUCUUGAACUUUGCUUCAAUGUGGCUCUCAAUAGACUUCCAACAACACCUGGUCCUUUCCUCCAUGGCCAACCUUCUCUUUCCAAUGCUCUCAUUGCAGCACUGAAGAGAGCUCAAGCACAUCAGAGGAGGGGUUGCAUAGAACAGCAGCAACAGCAACCUCUCCUUGCUAUUAAGGUAGCACUAGAGCAGCUCAUUAUAUCCAUUUUAGAUGACCCUAGUGUUAGUAGGGUAAUGAGAGAAGCUGGAUUCUCCAGUACCUCUGUUAAGAACAACCUAGAGGACUCUUCAGUAGCUUCUUCUGUGUUUCAGUGCUAUAGUAGCUCUGGUGGGAUUCUCUCUUCUACUUGUUCUCCUCCUAUUGAAACUCAUAGAGAGAUUAGCAACCACAGCAGUUUCUGGCAGACCCAUUUGUUGAACUGCUAUUCUGAGCAAAACCCAGUUCUCUUUUCUACUCCAAAGAAGCCUUUAAGCACCCUUGUCACUGAUUCAGCCACUGAAAAGGAGGAUUUCAGGUUGGUUUUGGAGGUCCUGAUGAGGAAGAAAAGAAGGAAUACAGUAGUUGUUGGGGACUCUGUUUCAACAACUGAGGGCCUGGUUGCAGAGCUCAUGGCAAAAGUCGAAAGAGGCGAUGUACCUGAUGAAUUGAGAUCAGCCCACUUUAUUAAAUUUCAGUUAUCCUCUGUUUCUCUGAGGUUCAUGAAGAAAGAGGAUAUGGAGAUGAAGGUUACAGACUUGAGAAGGAAGGUGGGUUCUCUUGUAACAGGAGGUGGAGGAGCAAUCAUCUAUGUUGGAGAUCUCAAAUGGGUAGUUGAAGGUGGUGGUGGUGGUGGUGGUGAGAAAGAGGGGGGAUUCUCAACAGAAGUGUCUAGUUAUAAUGCAACUGAUCAUCUGGUUGCAGAGAUGGGAAGGUUGCUCUCAGAUUAUAGUUGCUCAAACAGUAAGGUGUGGUUGAUUGCCAUUGCAAAUUAUCAGAGUUACAUGAGGUGCCAGAUGAAGCAACCCCCUCUUGAGACUCAAUGGACUCUCCAAGCUGUUUCUGUUCCUUCAGGUGGACUGGGUUUGAGCCUCCAUGCUUCCAAUGUCCUUGAUUCAAAGGCAUUUCUCUCUCCAAACACAUCUCUAGUGCCAGAAACAAAGCUUUUCACUCCCAAGGAAGAACCAGACAAUCUCAACUGUUGUGGUGAAUGUACCUCCAAUUUUGAAAAAGAGGCAGCCAUAUUCACAUCAGGCCAGCAAAAGCCAUCAUCCUCACUUCUUAGCUCUUGUAAUUCUAAAGACAUGGUCAGGGGUCCAACCAACUUGCCUUACUGGUUGCAACCAUAUAAAGCUGAUACAAAUCACAAGGAUGAUUUGGUUGAAUUGAGGAAAAAAUGGAACAGGUUAUGCCAAAGCCUACACCAUCCAAGGCCUAAUCAGACCCAUCACAUACGCUCUUCCUUAUUCAACAACCAAAACUCAAGUGGAAAGAGCUAUACCUAUUCAAAUACUUACCCUUUGUGGCCUUCCUCAUCUCAGUACAACCAAACCAGCAUUUUCCCUGAAUUGACUUCGAUUUCCUUCACAGAGUCUAACCGCAACCAUAUCUCGAACACAGCAUCUCAAAUUAGAAAUCACCAGUCACAUACAAUUGAAUUUGGUUUCACUAAUGAAGCAUGGGAACACAGGCAGUUGGAAGUGAGCUUGGAUUCUCUGAAAAGUACAGAAAACAAGGAAAUGAAGAUCACUCUUGCCCUUGGUAAUCCUCUUUUCUCAGAUUCCAUGGCAUCCAGGGUUCAAAAAAGGGAAGGAAAGAUGGACCCAAGAGAUCUAUGUAAGCUAUUGCAAGAGAAUGUCCCUUGGCAAUCUGCGAUAAUCCCUUCAAUCGCAGAAGCUUUACUAAGUUCCAAAUCAUUUGAGAAGAAUGGGAAUUGGUUACUGAUUCGGGGGAUGGAUUGUAUAGGAAAGAGACGACUGGCACUUGCAAUUGCUGAGUCAAUUUGUGGGUCUACUGAUCACCUUGUCCACUUGAAAAAGAGAAGAGAGAAUGAGGACACACCAUUAUCUGAAAUCCUCAGAGAAACCUUGAAAGGCCACCAAAAAUGUGUGGUUUUAUUGGAAGAGAUUGACUAUGCUGAUUCCAACUUCAUAAACUUCCUAGCUGAUGGCCUUAAAACCAGGAAUUUCAAAGACCUGGAAGGGAGAGAGGUUUGUUUUGAUCAGGCUACAUUCAUUGUAACAAUAGGUGGUUGUCCUUCAAGCUUCAUGGACAGCAAGGAAGAUGAGAUAGCAAUCCAGAUGAAGUUGCAGUUUGAAGACACUACUAAUCCUACUUUUGAAAUGUUCAAUUCUGAUCAUAAGAGGAAGGCUGAGUGGGACUUGCCAAGUAAGAACAAGCAUCCAAGGAAAGAAGAGAAAGAAGACUCCUCUUCAGCUGUGGAUGAUAAUGGUGGUGGUAGUGACAAGAGGGUUAUCUCAAGACAGUCGAGCUGUAACACCCUUGAUUUGAACAUACUUGCUGAAGUGGAAGAAGAUGACAACGCCAACCCCAUCCCUAGUGAUCUAACUGAAGAAACUGCUACAGAUCUCCAAAACCCACAUGGGUUUAUUCUUGGAUCGAUCAAGAAGAGCUUUCUUUUCGAUCAAAAUCCAAAAAUUUUCGAUGAAAUGGGUGAGACUUUCUUGUCAAAGAUCAGAGGGUCUUUCCAGGAAGUGUGUGGGGGGAGUGAAAUGAAGAUAUCUUUGUCAGUUGAUAAGGGAGUGUUAGAUGAAAUGGUAGCUGGGUGUGGCUCUUUCCUUAAUGGCUUGUUUGAAAUUUGGCUGAAAGACAUUUUCCAAACGAGCUUGCAAACUGUGGUUAAAGAGAGAGGGAAGGAGGGAAACAUCAAGCUCUCACUUCUUGGAGUUAAAGGGGAGAAUGUUUUGGAUUAUGGGUUCAAAGGGUCGAGUCUUCCCAAGACAGUCCAAGUUGUCUUCAAGGAUUUGGCCACGGGGGUCUCCAUGUAAAACUAGAGAGAGAGAGAGAGAGAGAGAGAGAGAGAGAGAGUAGUAAGCUAUCAAAGUACCCUUGUGUUGUAACCUUUCCCAUUUUCAUUUUAAUUACAAAGUCCUUUCUGUA